UUUUCGAUAACUAUGCUGUAACAGUGAUGAUUGGAGGAGAGCCUUACACCCUAGGCCUCUUUGAUACUGCAGGUCAGGAAGACUAUGAUAGAUUACGACCCCUCAGCUAUCCACAGACAGAUGUAUUUCUGGUCUGUUUUUCAGUGGUGUCUCCUUCUUCAUUUGAAAAUGUGAAAGAAAAGUGGGUACCUGAAAUUACUCACCACUGUCCAAAGACACCUUUCCUGCUUGUUGGGACCCAAAUUGAUCUAAGAGAUGAUCCCUCAACAAUUGAGAAACUUGCCAAGAACAAGCAGAAGCCCAUAACUCCAGAGACUGCUGAAAAACUGGCCCGGGACCUGAAGGCUGUCAAAUACGUGGAAUGCUCUGCACUUACGCAGAAAGGCCUAAAGAAUGUAUUUGACGAAGCGAUAUUGGCUGCCCUGGAGCCUCCGGAGCCGAAGAAGACUCGCAGGUGUGUGCUGCUAUGAACGUCCCUCCAGAGCCCCUUCUGCAAAGCUGGUGUUUGAUGUCAUACUAAAAGCAAUGUUUAAAUCAAACUAAAGAUACAAAUUUUAAAAUUUGUUUUCGCAAUAAUGACAAAUGCCCUGCACUCCCAUCUCCCCCACACGAUCCCUGUGUGAGAUGAGAAUGUUAGUGUUUAUUCCCCAGUGCCCCCUCAAUUCAGUUAAACUAGUUAAUUUUGAGUAAUUAUGUAUUAUCAGAAAACACUGAUCAGUACUAGUUUUUUAUUUUGUUUACCGUUUCUAAUUUUUUUCCCUUUGUUUAAAAUCCAGGCAUGCUUGUGAUGACUUUUUCUGUAACAGACUAAUUCUAGGCUGUUUUACUGAAGCCUUGUCCCUUACGCCAGUCUGGCAAGACUUGGUUCUGGUUUCAAGAACUUCUAGGGCUGUUCUGCAGCCAGCCAGCAGCCUGGGUGUGAGCAGACUUUAGUACUAAAGACAAAGACAAGAAAGUAAAAUGUCCCAAGCUGGUGCUCCUCUAAGGAGGAGUGUAGAAAAUGUAUCUGCAUCUCCUCUGAAGUUGCCUUGUAUCUCUUCCCCUGGCUUUCCACUGUGCAGGUCAUAAAUUUCUACCCCAUCCUCUAAGUUAUGAAGCCUUAGGAAUAGGAGAAUCCUUUUCUCUGGAUGCACCAUCAGACUUGAAACUAGCUUGCCAGUCUCUUCUUUAAUCUUGACAUCAUAAGCUUUUGUCAUGUGAUGAAGAAAUAACUGCACCUCUUAAAGCAUGCCCAACUGAUUCAGUUGGCUUUUAACAAAUCCAUCUUCUGCCAAUCCUUAAUUCUUAGAGAAACACCUAACCAUGACCAGCAUGGACACUGCUGUUGGGACACUCUGAAAGGACCCGGUGUGUAUUAAGAUGAGUUUUGGAGCUGGCCCUGGUGGUGCAU